AUGGUGUUCACUUGGGGCCACAAGCGGCAAAGUUUGGGAGUCAAGAGCUCACAAGCUGGAAACGAUGACUACUUGUCAAGCGAUGCCUCGUUGAAAGCGGCCCAAGCCAUCUUUAGGAAAAAUGAGAUAUCCAAAUCGCAAACAGCAAACGAUGUAGUCACUGCAACUCGUUCCACCCCGCAAGUACGCCGCAGAAUUGUAGUCCCGUCGUCCAACGGGUCCCACAAAAAGCAACCGUCCAUCCAGAGGCCAAGAACAGCUGUCAAGUCGCCUCCGCUAGCUACGUCUUCGAAUUCUCCAAAACCUCGAGCGACAGCGGCUGCGGUGGCUGCCGCUAAGGCUCAAAUGAGCAAUCUAACGGUCGAGCCGCGAGUCAAAUCGAAACCCAGUAAAUUUGGUCAAUUGUGGAAGUCGUCCUCGAAAAACUCAAAGCAUAACAUUACCAUGUCUCCCGCAUCAACAACAGGAACAUCCGUUCCGGACCAGACCCUAAAUAGUUUGAAUGCUACCAAGAAAGAUCAAGGUGAUGAUGACUUCGUAGACAUCAUCGCAAAACUACAGGCCACAAGGGACAACAAUCUGUCAAGUAGAACAGGAAGACCGGACAAGUCAGACUGCAGUUCACAACGGAACAAUCUAUCCACAGGCAGCACUUCUUCUCUUAAUACAAGCUGCGAAGAUCUCGCGCGACUUCACCAACAAAUGCAUAGCAAUGGACCUCCGCUUUUGUCCCGACAAGAUCCACAAAGCGGGAGUCGAGUAAAUGGGUUCAACUCCAGCGAUAACCUAUCUCCAAACACACCAUCAGAAAAUCCGGCUUAUCUUUGUCCCAAAGCAAACUCCAGCAGGACGAUUACCAUAAGGCGUCCGACAUCCAGAAACCAAACCAGAGAGGAUAUCAGCGACAGCCUUUCAGUUUCAUCUGCACAAUCCUCUUCCUAUUCUGGUAUGCCAACAGCGGCUGGCGAGGCACCAAGCGACCAGAAUCUAUCCGAAUUCAGCAUUUCUCCACGGGCAGGUCCCUACCGGCAAGAACUGGCACGUUCAUCGAUUGACCAGACCAGUUUGAAUGCAGAUCUGUACUCCGAUCGCACAUCUGUAGACGGGUGGGGAAAGGGCACACAUAACACCAAGUAUCAUGGGACUUUGCCGGAUCUAAUACCGAACCACACCCGUGAUAAAAAGAAGGGACGAUUAAGCUCCAUAUUUGGCCGCAAGCUUAAGACAUCGGAUGCUCAGAAUAUUGGUAACAAUGUUGAUCCUUCUUCAAACAAGAACAAUCAGCCCACACGUCUGAAGACUACGAUGAGAACGACAAGUCGCGAUGACGAGGAACACAACUCGGAGGAACUCAGCAGCGAGUACGAUAGCAGUUCCGAAAAUGAGGAUCCUGCUACGACGACCAAGAAGAAAAAACCCAAGAAACGCAGAGUGCGGAUUCGGAAACAUAUUCAAAAGGCAUCGGGUCACAACCAUUCACACAAACAUUCUUUCAAUGAGGACAAGCCUUGGAAAAGCCAUAUUGACAUUGGGUUUGUCACACAAGCCGAGCGGAAACGCUACGAGGGAAUCUGGCUAACAAACCGCAACUGCUACUUGGAGCUUUUACCAUGGUGGGACGAGCCCGGGGCCGAAGCUGUCCAGGCCGUCGUAGACGAUGAAGGUUUGAUAUUGAACUUGGUGGUUCUGGCUAUAUGGAGCAGAAGUAACCUGCCACAGGACAAGCUGGCUGCAAUAUAUGAUAUGGUUGACACACGAGUCGAUGGGACCUUAGACAGAAAAUCUUUUUUGGUCGGCAUGUGGCUUGUCGACCAAAGUCUGUAUGGCCGAAAACUGCCGGCCAGAAUUUUACCUCGGGUAUGGGAAAGUGUUGAUAGAUACGUGAUAAAUGUGCCCAACGAGGCCCAAUUGGGAUUAAACCACGAAAGCAAGCAGAAGCAAAUGAAACAGGAGCUCAAGCAGCUAAAAAAGGAUGUCAAGCGUGCCCAGACAUGA